CGCUAGGAGAGAGAGAUAGAGGGGCCGGCGGGGGAACAGGCUGACCGAACCUGAGCAGCUCUGAGAGGGACACACAUACACACACACAUACACACAGCCGCAGCCCCGGGGGCUCCUCUGCUAGCUCCAAUCCAUCCUCUGUCAGCACCCCAGGCCGGCCGUACCGCUCCGCGACUGAUGCCAGUAGCAAGAGGCGCCGGGAGUGCAAGAAUGCAAACAGUUCUUUCACUGCCCAGCCACCUUCAGGUGUUCGGGACAAAAUAAGGGUUUUGGGGACAUUUCUCCUUUUAUUGUUGUUGGGGCUGGUAAAAGAAGGCACCUGGCCUCAGUCAGCUUCCUGGGGGGAGACAGGAGGCUGGAAAAGAACUCCUUGUUUGUUUGUUUACUUGCGAUCUGGACUUUAAAGAGCGACAGAAAAGGCAGGUUGUCAAAGACCUCCAGCAAUUAUACGCACAUUAACGGGCAGUGCUUCUGGUGUGUCUCUAAAUGAGGACGAGCUUCUCCACCCCACCCCACGCCCCCAUCCCAGCCCUCGUACCUCAGUGAUUCUCCUGAAUGUCAGUGACAGCCUGAUGGAUGCUUGAAAGGAAAUCAAUAUCGAGCGUUGUACGCGGCGGCGUCUGUUGAAUCAUCUGGGGCUGUUGCGGUCGAGCGAUCUGAAGCUAUUCGGUGACAUUUGCUGAGAAUUCGGAGCUUUGCCUGAAGGUGCUGGGGAUACAGAAGGCGCUGUCGAUGGACGGUGUUAUUGUGUGUGUGUGAGUUUGCGGCGACCGUGGGGAGAGAUAGCCUGCUCGCUAUCACGAACAAGCCCAGGCGUCGGCACAAAGUUGGGAGAGCGGACUGCGGAUUGGAAACGAGCAACUUGUCUUUUUUUUUGUUUAAGGCUUUCUACGGGUUUUUGUUUUGUUUAAAAGUUUGCCUGCACCGUUGCUUCCCCCACCCACUUCCACAAAAACACAGUGGGCGGAAAAAAGAAGCCACGAUGGACGCGUUUGGAUUCUGCAGGAUUUUCCCCUGGUUUCUCCUUGUGAUCGGGACGAGCACUUGGACUGAAGUUGCCGGCCAAGUUUGUCCCAGCCACUGUACCUGUGCCGGGCCGGCUGUGGAUUGUCACGGGCUGGGACUGCGCUCUGUCCCCAAAGGCAUCCCUAGGAACACCGAGAGACUGGAUUUGAAUGGGAACAACAUCACAAGAAUCACCAAAUCAGCCUUCUCAGGAUUGAGACAUAUGCGAGUUCUACAGCUCAUGGAAAACCAAAUAACCACCAUUGAGAGGGGAGCCUUUCAGGAUCUGAAGGAGCUGGAAAGACUCCGCCUGAAUAGAAACAACCUACAGGUGUUGCCAGAGUUGCUUUUCCUGGGAACUCCGAAGCUCUACAGACUUGAUCUGAGCGAAAACCACAUUCAUGCUAUUCCAAGGAAGGCUUUCCGAGGAUCUGUGGACAUCAAAAAUUUGCAACUGGAUUACAACCAGAUCAGCUGCAUUGAGGAUGGAGCAUUCAGGGCUCUGCGUGACCUGGAAGUACUUACCCUCAACAAUAACAACAUUUCUCGACUCUCAGUGGCAAGCUUCAACCACAUGCCCAGGCUUAGAACCUUUCGACUCCAUUCAAAUAACCUGUACUGCGACUGCCAUUUGGCAUGGCUUGCUGAUUGGCUGCGACAGCGCCCUCGUGUUGGGCUGUACACUCAGUGCACAGGGCCUGGGCACCUGAGAGGCCAUAACGUUGCAGAAGUACAAAAGAAGGAGUUCAUUUGCUCUGGUCACCAGAGUUUAACAAUGCAAUCCUGCAGUGUCCAUUCAAAGUCUUGUCCAGCGGUCUGCACAUGUAGCAACAGUAUCGUGGAUUGUCGUGGCAAGGGUCUUACUGAGAUAUCGAGUAAGCUUCCAGAAAGCAUCACGGAAAUACGGCUGGAGCAAAACUCAAUCAAAACCAUCCCUCCUGGAGCCUUCUCACCCUACAAGAGACUGCGAAGAAUAGACCUGAGCAACAACCACAUUUCAGAAAUUGCACCGGAUGCUUUCCAGGGACUGAGGUCACUUAACUCCCUUGUGUUAUAUGGAAAUAAAAUCACAGAGCUGCCUAAAGGCCUUUUUGAGGGACUCUUCUCUCUGCAGUUACUGUUGCUGAAUGCCAACAAGAUUAACUGUCUGCGAGUAGAUGCUUUUCAGGAUCUCCAUAAUUUAAAUCUCCUCUCUCUAUAUGACAACAAGUUACAGACCAUUGCCAAAGGCACUUUUGCACCUCUGCGUGCUAUCCAGACUCUGCAUCUGGCUCAGAACCCAUUUAUUUGUGAUUGUCAUCUGAAAUGGCUUGCGGACUAUCUGCACGCAAACCCCAUUGAAACAAGUGGUGCCCGCUGUAGCAGUCCUCGCCGCCUGGCAAACAAGAGGAUCGGACAGAUCAAGAGCAAGAAGUUCCGCUGCUCAGCAAAAGAACAAUAUUUCAUUCCAGGCACAGAGGAUUACAGAUCCAAACUCAGCGGAGACUGCUUCCUGGAUCUUGCUUGCCCUGAAAAGUGUCGAUGCGAGGGAACCACUGUGGACUGCUCCAAUCAGAGACUUACGAAAAUUCCUGAUCACAUCCCUCAGUACACUGCAGAGUUGCGCCUUAAUAACAAUGAGUUUACAGUUUUGGAAGCCACUGGGAUCUUCAAGAAACUCCCUCAGCUCCGUAAAAUAAACUUGAGCAAUAAUAAGAUUACAGAUAUUGAGGAGGGUGCAUUCGAGGGAGCUAGCGGUGCGAAUGAAUUGUUACUGACAGGUAACCGUCUGGAAACUGUGCACCGCAAAAUGUUCAAAGGACUGGAUAGUCUUAAAACAUUGAUGCUGAGGAGUAAUAAAAUUGGUUGUGUGAGCAAUAACACGUUCACAGGCCUGAGUUCUGUUCGCCUACUCUCUCUCUAUGACAAUCAGAUAACUACCAUUUCUCCAGGAGCAUUUGACACUCUCCAUUCUCUGUCUACAUUAAAUCUGCUAGCCAAUCCUUUUAACUGCAAUUGCCAUUUGGCCUGGUUGGGAGAAUGGCUAAGAAAGAAACGCAUAGUCACAGGAAACCCUCGCUGCCAGAAGCCCUAUUUCUUGAAGGAAAUUCCUAUCCAGGACGUGGCAAUCCAGGACUUCACAUGCGAUGAUGGGAAUGAUGACAACAGCUGUUCACCCCUUGCCCGGUGCCCUGCUGAAUGCACAUGCCUUGAUACUGUGGUUCGUUGUAGUAACAAGGGAUUGAAGACCUUACCCAAGGGCCUUCCCAAGGAUGUGACAGAACUGUAUUUGGAUGGAAAUCAGUUUGUGAUGGUACCCAAGGAACUCAUCACUUUCAAGCAUUUAUUACUUAUUGAUUUAAGUAACAACAGAAUCAGUACACUGUACAACCAGAGCUUCAGCAACAUGACAGAGCUUCUGACCUUAAUUCUUAGUUAUAACCGGCUGAGGUGUAUUCCAGUUCGAACAUUCGAUGGGUUGAAAUCCCUCCGUUUAUUGUCUUUGCAUGGAAAUGACAUCUCAUCUAUUCCUGAAGGAGCUUUUAAUGACCUUUCAUCACUGUCACAUUUGGCCCUUGGUGCGAACCCUUUGUAUUGUGACUGCAACAUGCAGUGGCUGUCUGAUUGGGUAAAAUCGGGCUACAAAGAGCCAGGCAUAGCACGCUGUGCUGGACCUGGUGACAUGACAGAUAAACUCCUGCUCACCACUCCUUCUAAGAAAUUUGAAUGCCAAGGUCCCAUUGACAUCAACAUUCUAGCCAAGUGUAACCCUUGUCUUUCCAAUCCAUGUAAAAAUGAUGGCACCUGCAACAAUGACCCAGUGGAUUUUUAUCGGUGCACCUGCCCAUAUGGAUUCAAGGGCCAAGACUGUGAUGUUCCCAUUCAUGCCUGUGUAAAUAGCCCAUGCAAAAAUAGUGGAACUUGCCAUCUUAAAGAGGGAGAAAAGGAUCAUUUCUGGUGCUCAUGUGCAGAUGGUUUUGAAGGUGAAGAGUGCACUAUAAAUAUUGAUGACUGUGAGGACAAUGAUUGUGAGAAUAAUUCCACCUGCAUUGAUGGAAUCAAUAACUACACUUGCCUCUGUCCACCUGAAUAUACAGCUGCUAAUCUGAAUGAGGUGGAAAAAGGUGAGCUAUGUGAAGAGAAACUGGACUUCUGUGCUCCGGAGCUGAACGCUUGUCAACAUGAUUCCAAAUGUAUCAUGACCCUCAAGGGAUUCAAAUGCGAGUGCACACCUGGGUAUGUUGGUGAACACUGUGACAUUGAUUAUGAUGACUGCCAGGAGAACAAGUGUAAAAACAGUGCACAGUGCAUUGAUGCAGUGAAUGGGUAUACGUGUAUCUGCCCAGCAGGUUACAGUGGCCUGUUUUGUGAGCUGACCCCACCAAUGGUUUUACCUCGCACUAGCCCCUGCGAUCAUUUUGAAUGCCAGAAUGGAGCCCAGUGUAUCGAAAUUGGAAAUGAACCAGUCUGUCAGUGUCUGGCAGGUUAUGAAGGUGACAAGUGUGAAAAAUUGGUCAGUGUGAACUUUGUGAACAGAGAUUCCUACCUCCAGAUUCCCUCACCAAACAUCCAGCUUCAGCCUAAUAUCUCUCUCCAGGUUGCUACAGAUGAAGACAAUGGGAUUUUGCUCUACAAAGGAGACAAUGAUCACAUCGCUGUGGAGCUUUUCCGUGGGCGUGUACGUGUCAGCUAUGACACAGGUACCUAUCCAGCAUCAGCCAUUUACAGUGUGGAAACAAUAAACGAUGGCAACUUUCACAGUCUGGAGUUGGUAGCAGCUGAUCAAAUGUUAAGCCUGGUGAUAGAUGGAGGAAAUCCUAAAACAAUUAACAAUUUAGCCAGACAAUCCACACUCAACAUAGACUCCCCUCUCUACGUUGGAGGUAUGCCCACCAAGACAAACUUCGCAGCUCUGCGCCAGGGACCAGGUCAGAAUGGUACCAGUUUCCAUGGCUGCAUUCGCAAUUUAUAUAUUAACAAUGAACUGCAGGACUUUAAGAAAGUUCCUAUGCAGAUCGGCAUUCUGCCAGGCUGUGAACCCUGUCAGAAGAAGAUGUGCCAGCAUGGUACCUGCCACACCAUUGGCCAGUCCAGUUUCACCUGUGAAUGUGAAGGAGGUUGGACAGGAAACCUUUGUGACCAGCAAACAAAUGAUCCAUGUCAGGGCAAUAAGUGUGUACAUGGUAUUUGUGUGCCCAUCAAUGCCUUCUCAUACAGUUGUAAGUGCCAGAAGGGUUUCAAAAGUGUAUUGUGUGAUGAGGAAGAGGAGCUCUUUAACCCCUGUCAAAACAUCAGGUGUAAACAUGGAAAAUGUAGGCUUUCAGCUGUUAGCAGACCUUACUGUGAAUGUAAUAGUGGAUACACUGGAGAGAACUGUGACAAAGAAAUUUCCUGUAGAGGGGAACGAAUCCGAGAUUACUACCAGAAGCAGCAAGGCUAUGCCGCUUGCCAAACAACCAAAAAGGUCUCACGGUUAGAGUGUAGAGGCGGAUGUGACAACGGACAGUGCUGUGGUCCUCUGAGGAGCAAGCGACGGAAAUACAGUUUUGAAUGCACUGACGGCUCUUCAUUUGUGGAGGAGGUGGAAAAAGUCGUGAAAUGCGGCUGCUUGCAAUGUUCUUUGUAGAAACUUCAAACGCUUGCCCUUCUUCAAAACAAUGUGCACCUGGUGACUGUGUGGGACGUAUUUUUGCUUCCGUGGUGGAGAUAUUUGAAUUAUAUUGUAAAAUACAGAACAGACGUAUUUUUAUUAUCAGAAAAUGACUAUUUUCUUCAUUUACAAAAAUAUUUCAAGUCUUUUUGACUGAAAGUUAUUGCAACACGUAUAAAAUGUUUGUCAGAAGCCAAACCAUUUUGGACUGGAUUUUGACAUUUCCUGACUUGGCCAAAAGAACUUUUCAAUAUUUUGGCAUCCAGUGGACAGUAAACGAGAAGUCCAAAGGAGGAGUAUGCCACUGAAAGUGAGUGAUGUCCAUUUAAAGAAAACGACAAACUGCGAGUCAUAUCAGUUCAUCUUUGAUACAGAGACACAGAUGUGACUGUGCUGUAAGAGCAUGAAUCAAGAAUGUGUACUGAUGAAGAAACCAGAACUUCUGCUGUCAUUUCACAUCUUGAAUAUGUGGACAGUUAUUUUUUUUUCCCCAGUAUAAUGUGUACAUUAGCAUAUUUGAGCUUACAAAGUGUUUUAGCAAGCUUUGUUUCCAGUAUUAAUUCUUUGUAAUAUAAUUAUAAAUGGGGACUAUACAACCAAUAGAGAAUUGAUGUAUGGAUUACUUAGUUGGAUAAAGUUUUGUGGUUUUCUUUUGAAAUGAGUUUUACGCAGUAUUCAAGAUAUCAUUACGAAGUAUUUAUUGUAUCAAAAAACUUGUACCUAACUUUGCUAGAUCUUCUCUUUCACUCCAUUUUUGAAUCUUUAAUAUAUAUUAAUUUAUAUUUCAUCCUCAUAUUUUUGUAUGUUAAAAACAUUAAAAAAAGAUUGCAGUUUUUUUAUUUUUAUUUUUUGUGGGGAGAUAGACUAACUAACAAUCUAGCAUGUCCUCUCGGGGUGAAUUGUCUUGUUAUCUUUUUGAUCAGUUGUGUCUCCUGUACUUUUGACCAAUGACAUUGCUUUGGUUUACAAAGCCUGGGAAAUAACCUCAGCCUAAUGGUGUCAGAUGUAACAAGCCAGUGUAUAUUUUGUGAAUUCUGCUGAAUUUGAACCUACCUUGACAAACUAGAUUUUUUUUGUUAUAGAAGUGAUUUUUUUUUCAAUCUCCUCCCCUUGAUCCCUCUCCUCUGAAAUUUAGUAAAGGUAAAUUAAAACGUGCUGUUUUCUGGCAGAUGAACAAGUUUUUACAUAUCAGGAUAUUGUUUGGAGUUCCUCAGUUUCCUGACUGACUGUAAAUUCAGACAUGUCUCCUUUUCCUGACUAUUGAAAUUACAUGUCAGACGUUUGUUCUCCUACAGUAACUUGUUGCUGCUAAACCACAGAUUUAGAGUUGAUUAAAUUUAAGUAGCUGGGCUGUGCUCUUUACAAAUUAAAGAUUGGGAAUGCCUAUGUAAAUACA